AGUACGGCUAGUGGGAACAUUGUAUUACUAAAUUGAACAAAUCAUGCCAGUGUAUAACAAAUCGUCCACUAAGAAGAGGCCUGCAGGGACUCCCUCUAGAGCGUUGGGUCAGAGAAAGAGAAGGAGGCCAGCACGUCUCCAGACGGAAGGAAACACAGAGCCGGAGCCGGAACCUCAGCAGGAGACGGGGCUAGAGCCGGAGCCGGAGUCGGACAAUGUCACGGGGGAACAGGCACGGGCGCCCGUUGAGAAUGAUGUAUGGAUAGUUGGUUCAUCGAUAAUAUACUGGGCACAACGGAUGUCUGUGAAGCUGCUGGACAGCCAUUUGAAGCUUAGACACAGAGGCGUUUUCGUGCGAUGGUCGGGGCACAGGGGAAUGUCUUGGUUUCAGCUAUUGGAUGUUAUUAAGGACCAGCUGUCACUAAAGCCUCCACCAGAUUUUCUAAUACUUCAUACUGGAGUUAAUCAAAAAGAAGCCAGUAAAAAGAAACGUACCUUGAAUUAUGGAUAUCCAUAA